GUUCGUGGGUAAAAUGGCCGAGAGAGCUUGUGUGAAGCGCCUACAGCGCGAAUUCAAGGCGCUGUGCAAGGAACCAGUGCCGCAUGUCGUCGCCAAGCCGUCGCCGAGCGACAUUCUGGAAUGGCAUUAUGUGCUCGAGGGUAGUCAAGGGACUCCAUUCGAAGGGGGUUUCUACCAUGGCAAGCUUAAAUUUCCUCCAGAGUAUCCUUACAAGCCGCCUGGAAUAAGUAUGAUCACUCCAAAUGGUCGCUUUGCAACCCAGAAGAGGCUGUGCAUGUCCAUGAGUGACUUUCAUCCAGAGACUUGGAAUCCAAUGUGGUCAGUUUCAAGUAUUCUUACGGGAUUGCUGUCCUUCAUGAUGGAUAAUUCUCCCACGACUGGAAGUUUAACCACAAGCGACGAGGAGAAACGGCGCCUCGCUCGAUCAUCGCUUGCUUUCAAUUGUCAAAAUGUGACGUUCAGAAAAAUGUUUCCAGAGUACAUCCAAAAACAGGCCGAGAUGCAGACGCUUUGCGAGCAAAAAUCAGAGCAACAGCCCGUCAACAAGCCCGGCGAGCCGGAAAACACAGUGGCAGAGAAUCGACGCAACAAGGAUCACAACAGGCAUUUCAUGUUCCCAGGUUGGCUCGGGGCAAUUCUGUUAGCUCUCUUGUGUAGUAUAAUGGCGUUGCCGCUGCUUUCAUUGGAUCUAACCAAGCAGUGAUGGGAAGUUCUUCGUGUGGGAUUUUUCUUCGCGAGCAAAGGGUCUGAUUUUCAUAUAAUCUGCCAGUGUUGUUCUAAAGCAUUACAAAUCCGUCCUAUGCAGCACGCUGCACUCAAAGGAUACUCUGACACUGCACAGUUUCAUGCUUGUAAUGAAAGGAAAAGAAAGAUUUUUUAAGCUCUUUA